AUGGAUACAACCCCACCUAUAACAACACCAAGAACUGAUGAUUCUUCAGUUACUGACAAUAUUCAAAAUGAUGAAAAUAGUCCUUUACUUCCACCUACAUCGAUAUUACAGACAGCUGAACGUAUUGUUACACCUAUUCAACCACCUUUACAACCCGGUACACCAGUUCGUCAACAACCGACAGGUGGAUUUACUUCAACAGCAAACUCAGCUAAUCCAACAUUUGCUGUAUUAAAAACAACAACUAUUCAACAUGCUAUAGGACAUCCAUUGGCUUAUGUACGAGUAUUAAUGCAAAUGGGUUAUGAACCAUUACCAGCAUAUCGAGGAAAAAAUUUAUUUGGAAAAGAAACUCUUUACUAUCCAAAUGUAUUUCGUUAUCUUCAAUAUAUAUAUAAUACAGAUGGUUUUCUUGGUUUAUAUCGUGGUUUUGGUUGUUCACUUUUAUCUAAAGUUGUUUGCUGGUAUACAACAACAAAAGUUGAUGAACUUCUUGGUCCUGUUGAACCACGAGUACCAAGUAGUCAAGAAAAACCAACAUGGAACAAAUGUACACAAAAAGUUUUACGAGAAGUACGAUGUCAAUCGUGGGGAAUUUUGGUUUCACAUCCAUUUCAAGUCAUGGCUGUCCGGUGUAUGGGUCAAUUUGUUGGUGGUGAAAAAGCAUAUUCAUCACUCAAUAUAUUUCAAAAUUUUAAAGAAAUCUAUCAACAUCAAGGAAUUGGAGGAUUUUUUGUUGGACUUAUUCCUCGAUGGUUACUUGAAAUUUCAACAAUUGUAAUAGCAAAUGUUAUUGUUCAUUUGCUUAAAACACAAUUACCAUCACAAAAUGAAUUAGUCUCCUUAUAUGAAUAUAUUGCUGCUUUUGUAGCUCAAACUGUUACCUAUCCAUUGAGUGUUGUAACAACUGUAACAGCAAUUAAUCGAAGUGGACUUCGUGCUGGUACAUUACCUAUGACACCAAUUCAUAGUAAUUGGCAUGAUGCAUACAAUUAUUUAAAAACAGGGGAACAAUUAAAACGAGGUUCUGGUUUAUUUAAUCGUGCUGCUCUUGGUACAUCUGGUCUGCCAGCACUGGGUACACCAAUACCAAAUGCUUAA